CUGAACAAUGGAGUUUUGGCAGUUCAGACAAUACGCAACAACAUAAUGGCAUCUUCACUUCUUGCGACAACAGCCAUCACCCUCUGUUCCCUAAUAAGUGUCUAUGUAAGCAACACUUCAGCUGGUGUCAACUCAUCGUCAUCAGAUUCAGUUUCCCUCCAUGGAACUACAAGUACAUCUUCUGUCAAGUACUUUGCUAUCCUGGUCUGCUUUCUCCUUGGCUUUCUUUGCAAUGUGCAGUGCCUUAGGUACUAUGCCCACGUUAGCUUCUUGGCUACCUUGCCCACUUCCAAAGAUAGAAGGGAAUCCAUCGAGUAUGUUGUGGCGAACUUGAAUCGGGGAAGUUUCUUUUGGUCACUUGGAUUACGUGCAUUCUAUUUGUCGUUUCCUCUUUUCCUUUGGGUCUUUGGACCCAUAUCCAUGUUUCUGUGUUGUUGUGUGAUGUCAGUUCUGCUUUAUUUCUUGGACACAACUUCCAGUUUUACACGGAUCCUUCAUAGUCACUCUAUCAACGUAGAAACAAAACCCAGUGAUGUUGAAUCAGUUUGCCAACCCUCGGAAAGUACCCGGUUUGAGGAUUCUAAUCUCCAAUGGCCAUUACUAACAAGUCAUGACCCAGUCUCAACCUCCGCAGUUGCUCAACGAACUACACUCAUGUCUGCUUCUUUGGAGCUUGGACCUGAGUAG